AUGGCUGAAAAUCGAAGACCCGACAAUGUAAUCUACCCCGCUCCACAACCAAUUCCCGAAUACUUAAGAAGGCGACUGGUACAAAGAUUUUCCUCAGAUGGACGACAAGAGCACCGGAGUAAUAUACCCAACAAUGUUUCAAAUAAUAACGUCGGUGUCGUCAAAAGCAGAGAUAACAAUGGAACCAAUGGUGUAAAUCAUUCCGUUACUCCAAGGAGUCGUCAGACAAAUGGAUACUUGAGCGAUGAAGAAACAACUUCCACUUUAAGCGAAUUGCCUUCGUCAGAUCAUGAGUCUAGUUUGGAUGGUUGGGAUAAUUAUCAAAAUUCCGCGGUCGGAGGUUCACCAGAAAAUAAUCAAAACGGUCUUGACUGUUCAGACAAUGAUCAAAAUUCAAAUAUUGAUGAGUCGGAAAAUAACCAAUAUUCAAAUGCCAAUGAUUCCGACCAAGACUCAAUAGAACCUUAUUAUGAUCACGACUCUCCGAACGAAAAUAACACCACGAAUGGA